AGUCUUGUCCUCUACAUAAUACAUUGGUGAAAUACUUGUUUCUCUAGUUUGUUAGCUAAAUCUCUUCCUUCAUGGGUGGCAGACCUGGACUUUCCACAUCUUUCACGGUGCUUUAUGUUUUGGCCUGCUUGACGAUAACAAGAACCAAUAUCACCCCAGAUUUUCGUUCAAGAACGAACAUAACCACCGACCAAUAUGCCCUCCUUACUCUCAAAGCCCACAUCACUCACGAUUCUCGAAAUUUCUUGGCGGAAAAUUGGACCUCCACCGCUUCUGUUUGCUAUUGGAUUGGCGUGACUUGCGAUGCUCGCCACCAAAGAGUGACGGCGUUGGAUCUUUCGUUCAUGGGUCUUUGGGGCACCAUCCCUCCUGAAAUUGGAAAAUUAUCUUUCCUUUCUUCGUUCACAAUCACGAACAACAGUUUUCAUGGCUCUCUUCCCGGUGAAUUGGCUCAUUUGCCCAGGUUGAAAAUCGUUGAUAUCGCAAACAAUAACUUCAGCGGAGAAAUCCCAUCACUGUUCAACUUUUUGCCAAAGCUUGAAAGGUUGGUUCUUCAUGGAAACAAUUUCAUGGGCACUCUUCCAACUUGGCUCUUCAACAUUUCCACACUGAAGCAUGUUAAUUUGUCCCAUAAUCUUUUACACGGGAAUAUUCCAGCACCAGCAGAGUUUGGUAAUAUAGAGGAGAUAGAUGUGAGCUGGAACCAGAUUUCAGGUUCCAUUCCAUCAACUUUCUGGAACAUGUCCUUGUUGCGGCUCAUAUCCUUCGGAUUCAAUGGGCUGUCUGGUAGCCUUCCUGAUGAUUUGUGCCAAAAACUUACUCUUCUUCAAGUGCUCGCGGUAGCUGGUAAUGGGCUUUUUGGUCCCAUUCCAUCCAAUAAUUUAUCUCAGUGCAGAGAGCUUAAUAUCCUGUCUCUCUGGGAUAAUAAAUUCGAUGGCGGAAUACCAAGAGAUAUUGGAAAGUUGACCAACCUAAAAGGGCUGUAUCUUGGCUUCAACAAGCUGACAGGAAGAAUUCCAACAGAGAUUGGUAACUGUACCCUGCUUGUGGAGAUUGCGCUCCGUCAAAAUUACUUGACAGGUAAAAUACCAGAUGAGAUUAGCCAACUACUUAAAUUGCAGAUCUUGGAAUUGGGAGCAAACAACCUUACUGGCACCAUUCCAUCCUCAAUCUUUAAUAUCUCGGAAUUACUAGUCAUUGAACUGCCUAUCAACUCUCUUUCUGGCCGUCUUCCACCAACCGUCGGCCGCUGGCUUCCAAACUUGAAAGUGCUUACUCUAUGGGAAAAUAAGCUUGAUGGACCAAUUCCCAGCUCCAUCUCUAAUGCUUCUAUGCUUACAAUGCUGGCUCUGUCAUGGAACUCAUUCUCUGGUGUUGUUCCUGCCGCGCUUGGGAAUUUGAGACUCCUCCAGAGCCUCGCCUUCAAAGCGAAUUUUCUGACAACUGAAUCAUCCACAUCAGAAAUUAAUUUUCUGGCAUCUUUGACAAAUUGCAAGUAUUUGAAAAACUUAUGGAUUUCAGAGAAUCCGCUAAACGGCUUCCUUCCAACUCAAAUUGGGAAUCUUUCUUCAUCUCUUGAAAUUAUUUAUGCAGAUUUUUGCAAUAUCAAGGGUAGCAUUCCAAUGGGAAUUGGGAAUUUAAGCAGCCUUAUUGUGUUGAACCUUUCGAACAAUGAGUUGACAGGACCUAUUCCCAAAACCGUGGGAAGUUUGCAGAAGCUGCAAGUUUUGCGUCUCGAAGGCAAUGAAUUAAAAGGAUCAAUACCGCCUGAGCUUUGCCAAUUGCAAAGUUUGGGCAGCUUAUCAUUGGGAGGAAAUGAGCUCUAUGGGCCUUUACAGCCAUGCUUGUCAAAUCUGACUUUUCUAAGGUAUCUAAACUUGAGCUCCAACAAGCUUACUUCCAUGAUACCCUUAAGUCUGUGGAACCUAACAUAUAUCCUGGAAGUGAACUUAUCAUCGAACUUCAUUGGCGGUUACCUCCCAUUAGAAAUAAAAAACUUGAGGGUCAUUACAAAGCUAGAUGUAUCAAGGAAUCAAUUGUCAGGUGACAUUCCAUACAUCAUCGGAAGACUCAGAGAUCUUGUUUUCCUUUCCCUGGCAGAUAACAAAUUGCAAGAGUCUAUACCUGAAUCAUUUGAUGGCUUGAUAAGCCUGGAGUUUUUGGAUCUUUCCAACAACAAUCUCUCAGGAGAGAUACCCAUGUCAUUGGAGAAGAUCUCAAAUCUCAAAUAUUUUAACGUUUCCUGCAAUAGACUUCGGGGGCCAAUUCCUACACAAGGACCUUUUGUGAACUUCUCAGCCCAGUCGUACAUGAGGAAUGAUGCACUUUGUGGUGCUCCCCGUCUGCAAGUCCCACCGUGCAGAAAUGGGAAACAACAUCCGAGAGCAGUUAUGCAUCUACUGAAUUUUAUUUUGCCAAUUGGAGCAGUAGCAGUUCUACUUCUUUUGGUUAUCAUUUUUGCAUUGACCAGAUGCCAAGACAGGAAUAGAAGAUCUCCAGUAGAAGCAAAUUUAUUGCCUCUCUCAAUGACAUGGAGAAAAAUCUCAUACCAAGAACUUUCACAAGCAACAAAUGGAUUUGAUCAAAGCAACUUGCUAGGUAGAGGAGGUUUUGGUUCUGUUUAUAAAGGAACACUCUCGGAUGGAAUGAAUGUUGCUAUCAAGGUUUUCAAUUUGCAACAAAACGAGGCCUGGAGGAGUUUUGAUUCUGAAUGUGCAGUGAUGUGCAAUUUUCGUCAUCGAAAUCUUGCCAAAAUCAUCAGCAGUUGCUCCAGCAAUGAUUUCAAAGCCUUAAUCCUCGAUUACAUGCCUAAUGGAAGCUUAGAAAAGUGGUUGUAUUCUUACAAUUAUUUUUUGGAUAUCCAGCAGAGACUAGACAUCAUGAUAGAUGUUGCAUCCGCAUUGGAGUAUCUUCAUCAUCAUCAACCUCUUCCUGUAAUACACUGCGAUCUGAAGCCCAGCAAUAUUUUGCUAGAUGAGGAUAUGGUUGCACAUGUAAGUGAUUUUGGUGUUGCAAAACUCCUAGGUAAAGAGGAGCAGAUGAUACAAACAAACACCCUUGCCACAGUGGGGUAUAUAGCACCAGAGUAUGGAGCACAGGGGAUUGUAUCUACAAAAGCUGAUGUUUACAGUUAUGGUAUUAUGCUGAUGGAGGUGUUCACAAGAAUGAAGCCAACCGAUGAAAUUUUCAGUGAUGAAAUGAGCCUGACACAUUGGGUGAGUAACUCUCUGCUUCACUCAGUCUCUGAAGUUGCGGACAGCAAUUUAAUGGGAAGGGAGGAUAAAGAUUUUGCUGCCAAGGAGCAAUGCGUUGCAUCUAUCUUUAGUUUGGCUCUGGAAUGUACCCCAAAUUCACCUCAGCAGAGGAUCAAUAUGGAAGAUGCAGUUACUCGACUGAAGAAAAUCAAAUUCAGGCUCCUAGCAAAUAUAAAGAUGACCUGAAAGUGUUAGCAAGUAUAUGGUUCUAUCAACAUAUUUUGUUUAUUGAUUUUUAUGCAUCAGCAACCAGUAAUGAAUGUUUUAAUAUAGUACUGAUGAUGAUCUAGUCUCGUCUAGUAUUGUCUUGUACAUUACUUUUAGAGAUUAUUAUGAGGUUAGGGAUUGAACCAUCUCUCUUGUACUAUUGAGUCAAGAGUCUAGUAGUUGUGACACUGCCAUUGCUUCAGCAGCUUUGAGUUCCUGAUAACCUGUUUUCAUUGUGCUCUGUCCGGUUAGUGUGAGAAAGGGAGAGCCUGCUAUC